AUGUCCACCUCGCCCUCAAAGACCCCCCCGCUCCACUGCGACCUAGCCACUCUCUCGCCUUUACCCUCCGAAGUCAUCUCCCUCAUCUACGCCUACUAUCUCGCCCAAAACCCCCUCGAGAGUCGAAGCCAGUUCCUCAAUCUCAUCACCCUCUCCAAGGAGGUCUAUUCAGAGAAUGCGUGGAAGCUGUAUGAAGCUGUCGAGCUCAAUGAUCAGAAUUACCAGGCGUUUUUUGACGGAUUAUGGAGCCGCGGGGAGAUUCACGUUUGUCAGAACUCGUGUCCUCCUUACCUCCGGUGCGAGGCUUCUGCAAAAGCCCUCGCAAGAGAAAUAGAGGGAUACUCUCAUCCCAAACGACGGUUGAAACGACCAUCCCACAUCCCGUCCAAAAUUUCCUACCAGAAAUACGAGUACGAAUCCUACAUCCCCUUCCAUCUCCAUCCCGCCAUUCGAAAACUCCUCCUCAUACGCCAAUGUCGCAGGAUCUACAUCGAUAGCUGGUGUGCCUUUAUCGAACUUGAAAAGGGAAACGGAUCGGUCCGGGACGCCGUCAAUGCGUGGCCUCUGGCACACGACAUCCGUCAUGCUGAGUCUUCUCGCUAUACCUGGAUCUCAGACCCCCUUUUUUCCUCCGUUACCCAUCUCUCUUUCGGGGAGACUGUCUCAUUGGAAGCUUGUCACUUUAGCGACGAGAGAUUUGCGGUCAAGUACAAGUCCUUCGGGCCGGCGCUCAAGCAUGUCUGCCUGAGCUUCAACGACAGAUUCUACGAUUGGGAAACCGAGUACGAGGAGGCAGCCCGAUUUGGGAACCUAGAUGAGUGUGAGGAAAGACAGUCAAGGAAGAACAUCACAAAGCUUCUUCGAGAGCGGCUAUCCUUUGCGCUCAGGUCCGAGUUGGAUGAGAAGACGUCCUUGACGCUACACAACGCGUGGCCCGACGACAUUGAACCUGGGCUAGCCGAUACGAUGAUCUAUGAAUUGCCGAGGAGUACGGAGAAUGGCGAGGAUGACUGGGAAAGGCAGCUCGCGAUGACGACUUGGGAGAUGGAGGACUACAUGUCUGAGUUGGAAAAGCGGAUGAGAGAUGGCAGUCGGGGGGGCGAUGCCUGGCAGCCCACGAUUAAACCUUGGAAGGUCCGAUUCACCAAUGUGGCGCCCAUUCCUCCCGAUACCGACCUCAUUUCGGCCGUCCUUGAUGAUUAUUAUCCUAUCGGUCAAGAUGAAAAUUUCUAUGGGUUGUUCGAAAAGUGGUGGGACGAGGUCGUCAGCUUUGAGGGACCAGUGAAGUGCGACUGCUGCGAGAUCUUCGAAAAGAGACACCCCAAAAUCAACGCCUACAAGUACUCCUACAAUACCCGCCGGGAAAAUUUCGAAUCCAUUCGGGAAAGAGCGGAUGAAGUUCGCGAACACUACGAAAUACUUCAAGAUGCUGAAGCCGCUUUUUACGAGUCUCAAUACGACUCAGACGAGUACUUCUGGGCAUAG